AAAACUUUUCUGAACUUCAGAGGUUUAAAUCUGGUUGGAGACUUGGAGUCAAGAGAGGGAAUAAAACUAGUGUUUGUAGUUCACAGUAUAAAAUUAUUAUUUUGUUGCGAAAGACUGCAAGAAAAGAAAUAACUUAAAGCAAAGACGCCAUUUAUGCAUCUUAAGCAAUAGUAAUUUAAAGAAAAGGCAAAUCGGAGGCAUGGGCGAUGAUGCGAAGAAGGCAAGCAAGGUUCUUCAAUUCUCGCCGUUUCAGAGCUUGGUAGAUGUGGGUUUCUGGCACAGAUUCUCUUCGCUCAAGCUCAAUCAGUUGGGCCUCGAUGAUUCCCCAAUUCCCAUCACCGGUUUUUAUGCACCUUGCUCGUAUCGUCAAGUUUCUAACCACUUGACUCUUCUUUCUGAAUCUUUGCCACCUGAGCAUGGUGAACAAUCGCAAUGGAAUCUGAGAAGUAAGGGGAAUAGGAACCGAUGCCCUAUUCCUGGCACCCUUUACAACACAAACACAUUGGAGGCCUUCCACGCACUUGAUAAGCAAAGCCUAAUAAAGGAAGAAGCUAAAAAGAUAUGGGAUGACAUUCACUCUGGUAAAGUGGAGGAAGAUAGUGGUCUGCUUUUGAGAUUCUUGAUUAUAUCAUUUGCAGACUUGAAGAAGUGGAGCUUCCACUAUUGGCUUGCAUUCCCUGCUCUAGUUCUUGAUCCUCCUGCAACAUUAGUUGAUUUGAAGCCAGCUUCCCAGUGCUUCAGCCUCGAGCAGGCUGAAUACUUAACAGCAGCUUGCAAUGAUUGGCGUAACACAAGUUCCAGAACAGAUGUUCCAUUUUUCCUCGUAUCUAUUGCUUCAAAUUCUCAUUUCACUCUAAGGCCACUGGGAGAUUGGGAAACUUGUAAAGAUGAGGGUCACGAGGUUCUUUUUGGUUUUUAUGAUCCCUGUAACCUCCCAAAUAAUCCUGGCUGGCCACUGCGCAAUUAUCUUGCAUAUAUUUGUACAAGGUGGGGACUUGAAAAGGUUAAAUUCUUCUGCUACCGAGAGAACCGUGGCAUUGCAGAUUUGGGAUUGUCCCUUGUUGGAGAAGCAUUUAUAUCCGUUUCUCAAGGAUGGAAGGAUCAUCAUAAUAUUCCUAAAGUUGUGGGGUGGGAGACCAACAAGGGGAAGAUGGCUUCAAGAUGUGUCAGCCUUGCCGAAUCUAUGGAUCCAACAAGGUUGGCAAUUUCUGCUGCGGAUUUGAACUUAAAACUAAUGAGAUGGCGUGCAUUGCCUUCGUUGAAUAUUAAUAUCUUGUCUGCUACUAAAUGUCUUCUACUGGGAGCCGGUACACUUGGAUGCCAGGUUGCUAGAAUGCUUAUGGCAUGGGGUGUUCGGAAAAUUACAUUGGUUGACAGUGGAAAGGUCUCGAUGUCAAAUCCAUUGAGACAGUCUCUGUAUAUUCUGGAUGACUGCUUGAGCGGGGGUAAAUUUAAGGCCGAGGCUGCUGCUGAAAGUCUUAAACGAAUUUUUCCAGCUGUGGAAUCGGAUAGCGUUGUGAUGGCUAUUCCAAUGCCAGGUCACCCAGUGCCAAAACAAGAAGAGAAUAAUGUACUUGAUGACUGUAGACGCCUGCAAGAUUUGAUCUCUUCACAUGAUGUGAUCUUUUUAUUGACUGAUACUCGAGAAAGCCGGUGGCUUCCAAGUCUGCUUUGUGCCAGUGCCAACAAGAUAACUAUUACUGCAGCUUUAGGUUUCGAUAGCUUUCUUGUCAUGCGUCACGGAGCGGGUCCUACGAGCACUACGCAAAAUUUACUCGAUGAGACGUCUGAUUCUAGCUCUGCCACGACUUCCAAUAUCAAAAACCUCACACUCACCGACAAAAGUCCAGCAGGCGAGAGAUUGGGGUGUUACUUCUGCAAUGAUGUAGUUGCGCCUGUUGAUUCAACUUCCAACCGGACAUUGGACCAGCAGUGCACAGUUACUCGUCCCGGGCUUGCUCCUAUUGCGUCUGCCCUUGCUGUUGAACUUUUGGUGGGAAUAUUGCACCAUCCUCAGGGGUUACAUGCCAAAGCCGAAUUUGCAAAUUCUGUUGAUAACAGGAGCAACGAACAACCUCUUGGCAUACUACCUCAUCAGAUCCGCGGCUCCUUGUCUCAAUUCUCUCAAAUGAUGCUCGUAGGUCACGCUUCUACUAGUUGCACUGCUUGUUCCUCCAAGGUUGUAUCAGAAUAUGAGAAGAGGGGGAUGGAUUUUGUCCUUGAAGCCAUCAAUCACCCUACAUAUCUAGAGGAUCUAACUGGAUUGACAGAGCUGAUGAAGUCUGCUGGAUCUUUUGAACUCGACUGGGAUCCGGCGAUUGAAGACGAUGAAGAUUGUGUUGAAUUAUAAUAAAUAUAUUUAUGUAAUAUAAACUACUCAUUCAUUUUACAAGUAAUUGCGCUGGAUUGCCAAAGCUUUCUCCUCAAAAUCUCUUAUUUCUUCCUAUUAUAUUGUUUUGCUCUAAA